GGCACACUAAACGAAAAUAAUUUUGCUAACAAAAAAACACAACAAAUUGUGUUGUUAAAUGGCCGUGCGAACACAACACAAAAAUCCGGCGAAGCGCUCGACUCCAAAUCAAGUCCAAAUCCUCGUGGCAGUCGGCAGUUAAUAAUAUCGCAGAUCGGCCAUCGGCCAUAUCUUUCUACCUUCCAACAAAGAUCGCAGCUUACAGAGGAGAUCCCGGGAAGAUCCAGGGUUACGUGAUUGGGAUUGGGACUCAUACUCAUCCGAUGCCACGAUGAAUGUGCGAAAACGGCCACGUCUGGAAAUGGAGCUCGGUUCCACCUCCUGUUCCACUUCCAAUAAUCUCGCUGCUCAUCCUGCAGGCGGUAACCUUAUAGCGAAUAUACCCAGUCACACGGCGGACUUAUCGGAGGCCCUGGUCGGCCAUCAAAGCCUAAUCCUCACCAGCGCCACGGGAAAUGCCCUGAUGAACAGCCAGGGUGCCCAGAUAUUCCUCACCAUUUGCGGCGAUGAGAACUCGGAGGACUCCCAGGAAUACUAUGCCAUUAAACAGGAACCCGGCUCCGAUUUAGAUGUCCACUCGCUGCUGCCCACCAACUUGCAGCUGCCCACCGGCUGUGAGAUUUAUCUGGUCAAGGAUACCACCAGUUUGGUGGGACAGCAGCCCUCGAAGGCUGCGAUUAAAUUGGAACUGGAUUCGCUGAGUGGCGAGAAGAAAAGUACUCCUGGCGGUAGCGUUACUGCCUGCAAGCCCGUAGUUAACCCAACUCCUGCUGGUAACACCACCACUAGUGUCCUCUAUGGCUGCCACGCCCAGCGAUCCCAGCCGGAAACUAGCGGCGGCAGCCAAACGCCCACCAGCAAACUGGAAGCGUACAAAAAACGGGAUGACAAGCGACGUGCCACGCACAACGAGGUGGAACGCCGGCGUCGGGACAAGAUCAACAGCUGGAUCUUCAAGCUUAAGGAGAUGCUGCCCAGUCUGAGCACCAGUUCCAGCUUCAUUGAGGCCAGCACGAGUCCCAGUACCAGCGGAAGUACGUGUACGAGCACCAGUACGUCCAGCAGCAGCAGCAAUCCCAAGAAUGGAUCCAAUCCCAGCAGUUCGAGCGGACGGACGCCGCCCAACGACUCCAAGUCGCAGAUUCUGAUCAAAGCCUGCGAAUACAUCAAGAGCAUGCAGGGCGAGAUUGACACGCUACGUGACUGUCUGAGGGAAGCGGACGGCUUGAGGGCGAGUAACCAGGCGCUGCGGGAGGAACUGGACCGCCUGAAGCGGCAGCAACAGCUCCAGGAGCGAUUCCACACGGCCAGCGGCAGGUCGACCUUUAAUGUGACCCUCAACUCGCUGAAUAGUUCGGCGACCAGCGAUCUUUUCGAGGGAAUCGAUACGACGCCCAACCUGGCCGCCGUUUCAUCGCUGGGAUUCAGCAAGCGCGGCCUGCUCAUCAGCGAUUACGACGAGUAGAAAAUAGGUUGGUCCGAAAUGGGUACGGGUUACGGGAAAAAUGAAAAAAAAAAACGGAGGCGGAUGGACAAGCGCUGGCGCCUCCAUAAACAUACGCCCAUCCACCAAAGAAUGACGUGCAACGUACACGCAACGCAACACACGCAGUACAAUAAACGGACAUGACGAGUGAUUUCUUGUUAUCGCCGCUCUGUUAUAUAUGUUAUAUAAGAAAGAAGCAUAUAUAUUUAUGCAGUCGAACUUGGGUGACUCAAAAAGCUGUUCUCAAUUGAGUUUAAUUAACGCAGCUGCUUUUGUAUGCUAUAUCUGGUAUUGGUAUUAUUCCUGCCCUCCCCUCCAAUAACGAGCCCCCCAAAAGAAAUCAUGAAAAUAACGAUAUAACGAAUUUGUACAAGGGAAUAUGAUUUCCAUAUCUCACUCAUUUUCAUAUUUAGGGCUCGGAUAUUAAAUCACAAACAAAUAAUGUUGAUAAGAAGCUUUAAGGCAUUUUUGGUUUUUUUCUAUGUAUUUUCAUUAUAAUUAUUAUGUUAAAUAUAUACUUGUUUCGAUUUGCACAGCGAAUCUAUUAUUAAGCCACGUUCUAAACUAUUUCUCUGUGUUCAUCUAUGAAAUCAUUUCGGUUGUAAUUUUCACUACAGUGAAAUUUUGUAUUUAGUAUAAUAUAUUUUUUUCAAGAUGUCAAGUAAGUAAAGUUUCAAUAGCAAGAGGAUAUCAUAAAAAUACGAAAUAAAAUGGAAUUUAUAGCUGAAAGUGAAAGUCACAAAUGAAAUAUUAAAUAUAUUAGCAACAUAUAAAAAUAGUUUACGACUUAGAUUUAAGUUUGGGAAAUGCGAGAUUGAGUAACAAAAGUUCGAUUGUAUAGUUGUCAGGUUUUGUUUUUUUUUUUGUGGAGAGCACUCAGAUCCUCACGCAGUUUGCCAUCAUUAUAUACCUACAUAUUACCUAGAAAUACAAAACUAAACCUAAAAGCGUUAACAAUACCUACCUACUUGCAUAUAUACCUUGAACUAAUUCAUAUUUUAAGCAUAUUUGUGCUUGAUUUUUCGAUUUUAUUGUACUGUUUCUCGCACUAAUUACCUACAAAAUAAUGUAACGAAAUUAUAUUAUAUCUAGUUAUAUCGUAUAUAUAUUAUAUAUAUAUAUAGACAAGUGUACAUACGUAGUGCAAUCGAUGAACAGUGGGAAAUCGAGGGAGAUGCGGCUAUGUAACGCCGCACUCUUCAUCGGGGGCGUGUGCACCGGUACAGAUAACGCUAUUGUUGAUUAAGAAUAAUAUUAUAUUUGAGCAUAAACUUGUUGUGAAUGUUAUAUCACUGUUUUCGAUAUACGCUGUUUCAGAAGUAUACAGAACAAAAUGUUUUAAAUACGAAUAAUUUUUAAUACUUAAAAAGAAUGCCAAAAAACAAAAAACCAAAACAGAUUUGGGAUUGUGAGAGAGUACGGGGAAUUGCAUUGUUUGACCCAUAUAACGCCGGCGAGAGCCAUAAAAAUGGGAUCUUGUGUUACUUGUUGCUAUCUAUAUACAGUACAUACAAUAAUAUCACAUUUCUGUCAUUUGACAGCUAAUAAUUCUAUUCAAUUUCAAUAAACGAACUCAGUAAUGGUUAACACACAA